AUGGCUACGCAAAUGUCUGGGUUCGAAGGGUACACGAACAGGGUGUUCCCGUUCAAGGCCGCGGAUGGCCUUGAGUUGAAUGUUGAUGUCUUGUACCCCUCCACGAAGCCGCCUUCCCCUCCACCAGUCUUGAUCCACUACCAUGGCGGGUUUUUGGUGAUAGGAGAUCGAUAUGCGUUCUUCCCAACAUGGCUGGCGCAAGCAAGCGCAAGUCGAGGGUGGAUCUUCGUCACACCAGACUAUCGGCUCAUUCCCGAGAAGACUGCACACGCCUCUGUAGAAGAUGCGGUAGACGCCUACCAAUGGGUGCUGACGUCCCUGUCCAGCCAUAUCGGGAUCGAGCUCGGUCCAGUGGUACUCUCCGGUUCUAGUGCUGGCGGAUUUUUGGCCCUGACGACUUCUGUCAUCGCAAAAGACAAGCCGGCUGCGUUGCUUUCUGUCUACGGAAUGCUCGACAUGGCGAAUGCGCAUUAUCUCACCAAGGGAGGCAACAUAUUUGGUCUCCCUGUUUUCGACACCACCGAGAUAAAGCAGACGCUGGCAUCGAUUAAGGAGAAGCCAGUAUUAGCCGCAUAUCCUUAUCCUGCGGAUCCGAGUACUGACCUGCGUAUGGCAAUUAUUUCAACCUUUCACAUCGACGCCCUAUUUCUAGAUUACAUGACGGGCGUCCCGGGUUUAGGGGAUGAAGUGGCCAAGGGAGGCGUACGAGCGAUUCCUUCCACUCACCACUCGCUGUAUCCUCUCACCUUUGGUCGCUUGGAUAACCUCCCUCCAACCAUCCUCGUCCACGGAAAAAGUGACUCAGCGGUCCCUGCCGUUUUGAGUGAAGUUGCCGCCGAAAAGCUGAAGGCAGCCGGUGUCACCGUGCACACGGAGUUUCCAGAUGUUGGGGAACAUGGGUAUGAUAGUGCUACGGGAAGACUGCUGGAGCAGGAGACAACAGGGGAGCUUAGCGAGCCUAGAUUCCAGAGCUUGCGGAAUGCCCUCAAGGUCUUAGAUCAGGUUAUAUCCAAAAAGGCAUAG